GAGAAAAAAUAGUUCAUUUCUCUCUUAAUGCCCUCUAAUGCUCCGUGAUCCAGGGUGACGCUGCCCGUCUCCGCCACAGAAAUGCCGUGGGCCGUGGCCGGCGAGCGGAGCUUUGAUACGGGCCCGGCGCACCACAUGUUCGAGCUUCGUUUGGAUGUAGCAAUCUUCAGACGGCGGAGGCAUAUUUUUCUUUUGUGGAACGACCACCGGCCUUCUCGAUUGGACGCUGAGUGGGCCUAGGAUUGGCCGACGAGAGUGCAGCCCAACUAGUAUUUGGUCGCUCGUUCGCAGAAGCCACCAGCCCAGCCCAUACAGCCUUUCUCCCCUCUUUCCCCACUGGCUGGUUCCUCUGUCCUGUCCUGCCGGCCGACGAACCUCACCCUUGUGGCACGGACGGCACCGCCGCGAUGUCGUUGCCGUCAGCGACCGCACCGUCCUCUUCGGGCGCGACGCAGCCCUUGCCAACGGAGCAGCAGGGAGUCUCGAGGGAGCGGCGGAUGGAGUCGCUGGGUUGGCUGACGGAGUCGGCGGUGAUGCCGAAGAAGCACAAGGCCAUCGAGGGCGUCGGCGCCGCCUCCAUCCUCGACCUCAAGGCACAGCUCUACCGCACCCAGGAAGAGGCCCGAAACCCCAUCGCCCCCAGCGCCGUCGCGGCCGCUGCUUCUGGUGGGGAGUUUCGCCGCGCAAAGAUACGCUCCGCACCCACCGACCCCCUCGGGGCCAAGAACUCCGGCGUUGAAUCCCGGGCGCACAAGGAUAAGCUGGAGCUUAAAGCCGUGAAAGACGGUUCAGAAAGCUAUGCUGCUCUGGAAAAGAAAGCAGAGUUGUAUGAAAAGUUAUCCAGAGGUGAACUACCUGAUGAAGAAGACAAGGAAAAAUACUGUGUGGAUUUCUUCCAAAAAGGUUUCGAUCGGGUUUAUGAGCCUCAGAUACCAGAAUGUAGCCACAGAGCCACUGAUGGUGCGGAACCGGUAAACGAUCGUGAAGAUUCUAUGCCUAAUGCCAAACCAUUGGGCCUUGGCCGAGCAGGCACUACAAUCGACAGAGAUGAACACAAGCGCUUUGUGAGGGAAGUUCACGAGGAAGUAACUGAGGCAAGGCAGAAGGCCUCAACAGUAAGAUCUCGACGACAAGAGCAGGAUGCUGCUCGUAGAGAGAAACUCAGGCAAGCUUACCUGAAGAAACGAUUGGAGAAGUUGAUUGCUGAAAAACAGGCCUCUUCAACCAGUGAUUGACCUACCCAGCUAGCUAGUAUAUUUCCUUGCAUGUUCUAUCAGGCUACCAGCUGUAGCCUGUAGUAGUCCAUGGUCUCAUGCAACCAUGGAACGGUUACUGUAAAUGUCUUCUGAUCCAGUACAGUCGAAUUCAGGAAAUAGCGUUUGCAUGUACAGGUGGUGUUGCAGAAUAUUGUUGUACACAAUUCUAGGCAAUGGCAUCAUGAUUUUCUGAGACAUUCGCUAGACCCAAUCCAUAUUUCUUCAGCUUUGUCCCAUUAUAUAUGUUUGGCUAUUUUAGACAA